AUGGCGCCCAAACCCACAAAACGCACCCCCAAACCCUCCACGAAACCCUCCACGAAACCCUCGACAAAACCCAUCCCCCAACCCUUCGCGUCCGCCCCCGCGGCCCUCGCCCCCCUCCUCUCCACCUUCAACCCCACCCUCGUCUACAUAACGCACAUCGACCUGCAGCGCGCGCCGCGCAAGAAAGCCGUCUUCCAGCAAACCCUCGGGCUGAACCUGUUCUUCGUCGUCGCCCUAGCAUGGCGCGCCUACUACAUCGCGCCCUACUACUGGGCGAUCCUGAUGUCGCUGAUGGGCAACCCCAACGAAACAACCAUCAUCUCCAGCCAGCACUCGCACGGGGAGCUGGCGUGGAUGGCCAUACGUCGCAUGCUCACCUUCACCAUGGACUACCUGCUCUUUGCCAUCGUGGGGCCGUGGCCGUGGACGUUCUUCGCCGAGCGCCCUGGCAGCGUGGCGACGUGGCGCUGGACCGUCGGGUUUCGCGACGAGGAGGUGUAUGUAAGGCAGAGUCGGGGGUGGGGGGGCAAAGAUCUGCUCGGGGAGGCGGAGGGCAGCACGGGGAAAGCAGGCCAAGAUAGUCCGUUCUUCAAGACGCGCAUUUUGCCUGCUGUUGAUGCGCAGCGGCUGCGCGAGAAGACGGGGUAUCUGCUCAUGGACAAGGACUUCGAUCUCGACUUCUACGGCAUGAUUGCUGCGACGCAGCUCCUGGACCGCAAAGACAUCACCAUGGACAUGCUGCGGAAAAGCGUAUUCGUAUGGAUCGCCGAUGCAAAGACAGACACUACACCAAAAGCCAAAUCAAAAAAAUCAAAAACAACCACAGAAGACGAUGACGACCCCGAAGAAGAAGCCCCCGGCCAAUGGGUAGUAUGGGACUGCGGCCAACUCGACGCCAGCCUCGAAACCGACGCGGGCAAGAAAAUCAUCGCCUUCAAAGACCGCCUCACCGCCAUGGGCAAGGAGAACUUGUUCUUCCGUUGGGUCGAGUUAAUCCAAUACGAAAGCGACGCGCCCGAAGGCUUCACGCCCGAGCGGCAGGUCGCCGCCGCGCAGAAAGCCAAGAAACUGUUCGCAGACCAGGGCGUCGAUUUUGAUGAGUUCAGUAGGGAGAUUGGGGGGCUGGGCGCGUUGCCUGGUAUGCAGUAG